AUGCAAUUCCGUCACCAGGAAUUCUAUCGGAUUUCGUCGGAUGGUCGGAUCCGAUCGGUUCUCAUCGGAUCCAACGUCGGAUUUGUUGACCUGGGUAUAGGUGCUCAUCGUGGUGGAAGAGAGUAUUCGAUUGAUCUGCUUUACGACAAGUAUAUAUUUUCAACAAAUUUUAAACGAUGUGGAGAUCAAGCAAUAUUCAAGACGGAAAAUAUUCAAAUGAAAUUAUUCGAAACAUUAAAAUUCGAUUUGAAUAAAGAUGGUCGGUUAGA